GGGAGAACGAAGGAUGCACAAUCAGGCAUUGAGCAAGGGAUCAAAAGAUAGUGUACGUUGGUCGCGUAGAGUGAUCAGACUUCUUCAAGUACGUACUUUCAAGCAUUUCUUGCCACCAAAAUUUGUAGGAAAAGGAACUUGAUCAGGAAGGUAAAAGAUGGGCAGCCCUGCACCUGCAGUCAAUGCUUACAGUAAACAAGAAGAAGUUGAAUAUAAAGAGCUGAUCAUUGACUUUACACCGGAACUGGAGCCUCCAUGGCCUGAGUGCUGUAUAUACAGGGUUCCCAAGAGACUUCGCCAGGUCCAACCAAUGGCCUACACCCCUCGGCUGGUUUCUAUAGGUCCUUUUCAUCACCGCAGUGAAGAGUUGAAGGACAUGGAGAGACAAAAAUUCAUAUAUUUGAGGGAUUUCUGUAAUCGUACUGAGAAGAGCAUCGAGGAUGUUGCACGCAUCAUCCGGCCCUUAGAAAUGAAAAUCCGCUGCUCCUAUUCAGAGACCUUUCUACACAUGAGCAGUGAGGGGUUUGCAAACAUGAUGGUACUGGAUGCUAUCUUUAUCCUUGAGCUCUUCUGGAGGAAAUCUCAAAAAUCAAUGGCUCAAAAAGAUUAUAUGUUACGUCGACCGUGCAUGGAACGCGGCAUACAACAUGACCUGCUUCUACUUGAGAAUCAGAUUCCUUUCUUUGUUCUUGAGGAGUUAUACAUUAAUCUUGAGCUGAAUGUAGGCCACCAAAAUGGGGAACCCAAUACCAAAAAACGGACUCUUCUUGAGCUCUCUUGUGGGUUUUUUGGUGAUCUCCAUGAUGGUGUGAAGCCAGAGCCCAAGAAGUCUUUUAAUGAUAUGGUGGGAUGUUUUCGCCCUCCACAAAACCCAAGCCCAUGCUCACCAGACCGAAGCUCACCAAAUUUCAUUGAAGUAAAGCAUUUCACAGAUUUGGUGAGAUAUUUUUUCUGUCCACCAAAAAAUGAAGGGCAAAAAUCCAAGUGUGGUCAUGUAAAGCAGUGUUUCACAGCUCCGAUGGGACGUAGUUGCCCUCGACAAGAAGACCGAAAGCCAAGCUCACCAGAGUCCAAAGCACCCAUGCAUUUCACAGAUUCGGUGAGACAUGAGUUUUUCCGUCCACCCGAACCCAAGCAUUGCACAGAUUUGGUGAGACGUAUUUUCCGUCCAUCAAACCGAAAACAAGAAGGGCCAAAACCAGAAAAGAAAAGAACUAAACCCCUAUGUACUGCAACAAAGCUUGACGAGGCAGGGUUGAAAAUCGCUAGGCCAGAUUCAGAAAGACAUUUACUUCAAAUACAAUUUCGGGAGAACAAUUGCGAAUGCUUAAUAAAACGCUGCCCGGUGCUCAAUCUCUCAUGGCUCUUGUCAUGCUUACCAUGCCUGAAAAGCACUUGCUUGGUGCAUAUGCAACGUUUCUUGGAAGUCCCACCCCUUCGGAUAGACGACAAAACUGAAGGUCUUUUCCGAAACCUGAUGGCUUUGGAGCAGUGCCAUUAUCCAUCUGAAACUUACAUUUGCGAUUACAUUGUGCUGUUGGAUGAUCUUAUCACAACUAAAGCAGAUGUAAGGUUGCUUGUUGACAAGAAGAUCAUUGUUAACGAGUUAGGUUCCAGCGCUGCUGUGACGAAACUGGUUAACAACCUCGGCCUGGAGAUUGAAGUAAGUGGAAGCCAUUACGAAGAGCUCUGUGAAAAGCUUAAUAAGUACUACGAGAGUAAUUGGAAUCGUCUGGUGGGUACUUUGACUAAGGUGUAUUUCUCAGACUUUUUUAAAGGCACUGCUACUGUUGUUGGAAUUAUUGUACUGGGUUUAACUUUGUGUAAUUUCGUCCUUAGAUGGAGUCUUGGCAAAUACUAGAUGAGAAGCAUCUGUAGUGUUUGUUGGAGUGCUUUAAUUGCUAGCUAUUAGAUAAGCGCAGACGGCGCAGUGGAUCGCAUCUAAGCUAGGUUAUUCAUAGGUUUUUCUAAACAGUUUUAUUUUGGAAGUUUAUGGCUUUGUUUUAGCAUCGAUCGAUCAGUGGAGAGUCUGUCUGUCUGUAUUGCAGCAAAUUAAAUUCUUCGUCUGUUACUAUUACCAGCAAAUUAUAAAGCCAGAAGCUGCUGCAUGGCAUUAAUG